AUGGGAAUUAACAGCACAAACAACACAAAAGCAAAGUGCACUGAUCCUGAAAUUCUAUUCCAAUACACCCUUUAUGCAACCACCUACAUCCUCAUUUUCAUCCCGGGAUUUCUGGCCAACAUUGGAGCCUUGUGGGUUCUCUGUCGCUUCAUCAGCAAGAAAAAUAAAGCCAUCAUUUUCAUGAUCAACCUCUCUGUGGCUGACCUUGCUCACGUGCUGUCCCUACCCGUCCGGAUUUACUAUUACAUCUCUGGCCAUUGGCCUUUCCAGAGGUUCCUUUGCCUGCUGUGCUUCUACCUGAAGUACCUCAACAUGUAUGCCAGCAUUUGCUUCCUGACGUGCAUCAGCCUUCAGAGAUGCUUCUUUCUCCUCCAACCCUUCAGAGCCAGAGGCUGGAAACGCAGGUACGAUGUGGCCAUCAGUGCUGCCAUCUGGGUCAUCAUGGGGACUGCCUGUUUGCCACUUCCAAUUCUAAGAAAUUCAGGCUUAGAAGACAACACUGAAUUCUGCUUUGCUGACUUAGAGCUUAAACACAUUAGCAUGGCUUCCGCUAUUGGCCUGGUAACUGUUGCUGAACUUGGGGGAUUUGUAUUACCUGUUGUGACUGUCACAUAUUGCACAUGGAAAAUAAGGAAAUCUUUACAAGAAUUCGAAGGUCCUCUUCAGAACACUCAAAAGAGAAAAAAGGCUUUGGGGAUGGUCCUGAUGUGUGCGGUGGUGUUCAUUGUGUGUUUCACCCCUUACCACCUCAACUUCCCAUUCUUUAUAAUGGUGAAGCAAGGUGUCUUUUUGAACUGUUCCUUAAUUAAGAUCACUCUUUGCUUCCACAUCAUUUCCCUGUGUCUUGCAAAUCUCAACUGCUGUCUUGAUCCAGUUUUAUAUUAUUUUAUGGCCUCAGAAUUCCGUGAUAGAUUUUCAGAACAGGAUGGCUUGUUUCUCCCUUCAUGUGUGAGAUGCAAAGAUAGUGCUUCAGAAAAUCAUCACAGAAAAGAUGAUUUUCAAGAUCUUUCUCUUGAAUUUUUGGGUAAUUCUAAGACAAUAUAA